AUGGGUGAGCCCCUGAAGUAUCGCACCGACUUCGACAAGCACGUGGUGACGUGCAACUUCGAGCGCCGCGGGUGGGAGCGAUGGGACCCUCGAUACGACGACGACUGGCACGUCUUCUGGGCGAGCGUGAGCACAAUCAAGCAGAUCUUCGCUCCCGAGAACGGCAUCCGGCUCGGGGACCACCAGAUCGUGAACCACUUCCCGAACCACUACGAGCUCACGCGUAAGGACUUGAUGGUCAAGAACAUCACGCGGUGGCGGAAGGCGUGCGAGAAGGAGGCCGCGCUGGAGGCGAACGGAGCGGGCCAAACGAACGGAAACUUCAACAACACCGGCAUGUCGGCCACCGAGCUCCUGCCCAAGCUGGACUUCGUCCCCGCGACGUUCUCGCUGCCGUCCGACUACUCGCUGUUCGUCGAGGAGUUCCGGCGUCGUCCGGAUCGCACGUGGAUCAUGAAACCCGUGGGCAAGGCUCAGGGCAAAGGCAUCUUCCUCAUCAACAAGUUGACGCAGAUUAAAAAAUGGAGCAACGGGUACGCCGCCAAGGACGGCUCCUCGGCGCAGUGGAAGAGCGCCGAGGAGCGACGCGCGGAGAACGAAAAGACGGAGUCGUACAUCGUGUCGAGGUACGUCCAGGAUCCGCUCUUAAUCGGGGGCAAGAAGUUUGACCUGCGCGUGUACGUCGUCGUCACGAGCUACAGGCCGCUUCGAGCGUUUACGUCUCGCCUCGGCUUCGCCAGGUUCUGCUCGGUGUCCUACAGCGAGGCCAAGUCUGAGAUGGACAACCCGUUCGUCCACCUCACCAACGUCGCCAUCCAGAAACGGGGCGACGAUUACAACGAGUCGCACGGCAACAAGUGGCCCAUCCACCUGCUCCGGCUGUACAUCGCCGGCACGCGUUCCGAGUCCGUGGCGGAUGAGCUGUUCUGGGGAAUCAACGAGGCGAUCAUCUACUCGCUCAAGUCGGUCCAGAACGUCAUCAUCAACGACCGGCGAUGCUUCGAACUCUACGGGUACGACCUGCUGAUCGACGAGCGCCUCAAGCCUUGGCUCAUCGAGGUCAACGCGUCGCCGUCGCUCACCUGCACGACGGAGGAGGACAGGCGUCUGAAGGACAGGGUCAUACGAGACACGUUGGCCGUCGCGGUUCCUCCAGGUAAGCUCGAAGCCGCGGCUGGGGGGGUGUCCAUCACGACGGCCAUGUCCAGGUUGAGCCGCGGCGGGAGGAGUAACUCCGUCGGCGUUUCCGGCGACGUGUACGAGAGGGACUGGGCGAGGACGGGCGGGGUGCCGGAGAGCGUCUUGGGUACCAUGGACGUGUUGAUAGACGAGACCGUCGUGGGAGUCGGGGACGCGGUGGGGAGGCGGAGCGGGACGGCGCAGAGGGGAAGGUCGGUGACCCGAGGAGUCUCCCGGUAG